GGUGCUCAGGGCUGUUGCGUGUCUAUACGGCUGCCAUUAUCACUGGUGGGCCGACAGGGAUCCAGCAAAAGUUAUUAACGUUCGAAACCCUGCGAAUCACGUAACCUAGAGACGCACAAACGCACAACAAAAAAGGAGUCCAGCCCAGCACAACACAAAAUGGGCCGCUCCUCCACGCUGCGCCCGCCGUCGAGCGGCUUAACAUACCGAGAAGCGCGGGAGCUCUGCAACGAGCUCAUGACGCGCGUCCAAGUCUCGACGCGGACGUAUCGCUGGCGGCGCUACGACGACGUCUUCAGCAGCGGCGAAGCGGUAAAUGCCCUCCUCAGCUUCCAGCAAGCACAGUUAACAAAACUAGCAGAAAAUGAGGCCCAGGCCGCCUCCCAGCUCCAGACGCUCAUGGACUACGGGUUUAUUGGUCGAGUUUCCAAGAAAAACGACGAACUUACGGGCUUAAAUGAAAAGCACGCGAACGUGAUCAAGGUGACGAACCACACGUACUACCGCUUCCGCAAGCAGGAACUAAGUUCCUGGCAGUUGCGGGUCGAGGUGUUGGAGGUCCGGAGUUCGGCCGGUGUCGCGGAGUCCGGUUCUGUGAGACUCGGCGUCGCGGGCCAGGCCCACGACCUCAGCGUCAAACGUAUUAGUACAGAAAGAAUCGCGACCUACGCGCCCGAGAGUAGCAGCGGCGACGCGUUCGUGGGCGGCGUCGACUUUGAAAGGGACGAUGGUGCGCUCUCCGCGUUUUGAGGUGUUGCGGUGCCUUCACUUCAUGCAAACGACUCGUCUCCAUCAGAGAAGGCGCUGGGUGGUCUCUGGUCCAAAUUUGAGCCGAUUCGGACCGCGUCGCGAGACCGCGAUGCUCCGCGCAGGUCUUGCGGUCGACUGCGCGUUCGGGAAGGGUCGACACGCGGUGCGGGCGUCGGGCGUGUUGCGCUUUGCGUUGAGGAGGGGCGCCAUGGGCCAGCGGAAGGCGAGGCCGCUGUGGGUCGACGUCGCGCGCGCGCCGGUCGACGUGACCGUCGCGGGCUUGCAGACGGGUUUUGGAUUGGUCUCGCGGAUGGCGCGGUCGGUCACGGGUUCGCAAACACCGCCUCCUGUUCAGAAGCGGACGCUCCUCAAGUCCAUGAAGUCGUUUCGAAGCACGCAGGAGAGUUCGACCGACGACGUGCUUGGAUUGUCCCUCGGAACGGGCGUCGACCUCCCAGUAGUGACAUUUCGCGAUGAUGAUGAUCCCGCGGAUGUACUGAGAGCGCAGCGGAAGGCUCGGAAUCGGGCGCCCUUUGUGGUUCUCAGAAUGCCUUCGGUGCUUGAGGAGGAUAGUAUAGAAGCGGGCGACGACCUGUCGACGCGCAUGCGGAAGAAAGCUGCUGCGAGACUAAGGAAGAAGGGCACGCGAUCUCUCUCCCCGUUCCCGUCGCAGCGGGAGAAGGAGGCCGUGGUAGCGGUCAAGCUCGCCGCCUUCGCGACGCGACGAGAAGUGUCUGAUGAACGAACCUCAUUAACGAGAGCCGCAACGUCACCGACCUGGGGCUCGGAGGCGCUGCGACGAGACCUGGAGUCGAGGACCUGGCGCGUCUACGCGCGCGUCGGAGAAGUGCGCGGCGCGCGAUGCAGCGUUCCCAUCGUGAUCAAGAGCCAAGUGGUCCUCGAGGUCGGCGCGAAGAUCAGUUUUGAGAACACGACCACUACUAGUACGAAGACGACAAGGAAGCUCGAUAGCUUGGCGAAGUUCACUAGACCAAGAGUGAAAGAUUACGCGACGGACGGCGCCGACUUCAACGGCGAACGACUAGUUGUUGCGGCCUGCGUGCCGCGGUCGUCGGCACACUUACGGGUCAGUGUCUACGAGCGCCUGAAGACGGAUUUAGUAAGAACGAGACGGUUAGGCAUCGCGACGAUACCCCUAGACGAAGUGCCCGUGUUGUCUGCACCUUUAACAGGUGUCUCGCGUCGAAGUGUCGGGGCGUUCCUGUCGAACCUUCGGAGUCCGUCGGACAUUUCUAGACGAGACAUAGUGUGGAUCCUCAAGAGCCUGGUGCAUGCGUCAACACGAGCACUGAGACGAAGGUCCUCAUUACUAGAUCGACUAUUGGCGCGCUACGACGACCCGUCGUCUCCCCCAAAACGGAGCCCCUCCACCGAAGGCUGGCGGUCCUCUUUGGAAUCUGCAAGAGAGGCAGGGCAGACCAAGAAGCGCUUCUUCUUCGCGCGCGACGACGCGCUGCGACGGAAGGCGCGCGAGCCGGACCCGCGGACGUUCGCGCUCAUCGCGGCGCCGCGGCGGAAUGAAAUAGGACGAGCUUAUAGGAACGGCGCCGUGACACUAUCUGUGUGGAUGGCGCCGACGCUGGCCGAGGGUCCUUCCCUCAUCAGGUGGGCGUCGAAAUACUUCCGGGAGCUGUGUGCCGGAUUUAUAUCGUUAGUUGUGUUAUUAUCAUGGAUACUGAUAGGACGGACCACGGCCCUUACAUUGCUGCUACUCCUACCUUUACCGCUGGUGUAUGUGGAAAUCCCCCAGUUCCUGGGCUGGUGCCUCCAGACCUACAUCAACCGAUUGGCUCCCGGCAUAAGGAUGUCCAUCGGCGCGCUACGGCUGUCGAUGUGGAUCGAUAGGACGGAUGUCGAUCUGGAACGACGAAAAAAGGACGCCGACGAAGUGGACGACGACGCGCCGACGCUCGCGCGAGCUCGCCUCGCGGUCUGUGCGGACGUCGACGCCUUCGCGCUGCGACAUCCGACGGAUGCGGGGUAUGCGCAUUCCGAUUUUGUGAGUGCGCGAAGUGUACGAGUCCAGCUAUCGGUGGACCAUCGCCUGUUGGACGGCCUCGCGAACUGGUUUCUGGGGAGGAUACCGCUGAAUUGGUCGCCCUUUCCCGGGCGGCAUGCUGCAUUACGCAAGCAGCGCGGCUUCGAGCCGACGCGCUUGGGGUGCGUGCGCGUCGACGUGCUGAAGGUCGACCACGCGCGGUGCGCCUUCGACCACGCGCACGGCGAAUUUAACGUCGCGCGCUUCACGCGGGACUUAGCUUCUGGAAAAGUGGCCAAAAAGCUUGGCGACGAACUCCCGCCGAACCAGCUACGGGUCGCGGUCGUCGGUGCCCAAAAUCUCAAAGCUCGGAACGCCUUCGCGGUUGUUACUGUUAGGUCUUUUCGUAGCCAGACGGCGGUGCGGGAGGUCAUAGAUGGGGGCUGCGUCUGGAACGAGCGCUUUUCUUUUCCUUGUGCGCUCGCGGCGUCCCGUCGUGUUGUGAGCUGUUUCGGACCGCGUCGGGGCCGUCGCGGCGUGUCAGAGAGACAGCUUUCAUGAAGAUGGCGUCUUCACGAGACAGCGCCGCCGCGACGCCGUCGACGCGAUGCCACAUCACCGCGACGCUCCGCGCAGGUCCCGACCCCUCGGCCGUGCUCCACGUGGGAGUAUAUGAUGCCGGAAGAGGUCUCAGCUCGCGCGCGUCCCUCGUGGCCCAGUGGCUCACGACGGCGAAAAUGCUUAUACUAGAUCCAACAAAUAUAUAUUGCGACCCCGCCUCUCUACAGAUAUCUAGAGGUACAUCGGUGGAUGGUCUACCUAGAUCGUUUGACCUGGAGGCCGACGUUAGGCUACGAGACCGUAGAUUCGCGGGGUGUGUGGGACCGUUCCACCAGUCCGAAGCGACGGCCUCGCUACGAGUCUCGUACGGAAGAGACCCGGAAGGCGUCACGGCGGAACAGUUACUGGCUCUACGACCCUCCACAGCCUUGGAACAACUCCGACAGAACUCCGAGGAAACCGGAAGAAAACUGGGCAACCAGAGCAACGUGGAGCGGAUGUUGCGGGACUUUCCCCUGUUGUUCGACGUGCGCGACGUGGAAUUGACGUCGCUGAACAUGUACCUCAAGGACCUCUUCACGGGCUACCGGGGCGCGAAGGAGCGGUCCGCACAGAAAACGGCUAGUAAGUUGGAAAAGAAGGGCUGGGCCGCCUCCGAGGAAAAACAUCCUGUCACCAAGUGCGCUCGCGGCGUCUUGUGGUGUUUUCACUUUGUUCAUGUGACUCGUGUCCAUCUCACGAUGACGUGGGUGGUUUCUUUUUCGAUUUCGAGGCCAUUCACGAUGCUCCGCGCAGGCCCCUGUCUACCCUUACCGAAGAUGACGCGGACUUGCGUGGGAGAUUCAAAGAUACCGUAUUUGUGGAUAAAGUGGACCUACGCAACAAAUUGCGGGAUGCUACUGCUCCCGAGGGUAUUGAUUUGUACGUGCUGGCUCGAAGUUUUGUCGGUUCGACCAUACAACCCCUGUUCUCCGAGGCGGACGUCUUACAGUCGGGCUUCGGCCAGAUUUUAUCAGGAGUGUUCUCAGGAGGCGUCUUCGGCAACCAUCGAAGACCAGGAGCUGUGAGUGCGGUGUCGCCGCCGCGGCCUCGGCAACCAUCGACGCCUUCCGAGCUACCAAGGUCGUCCACCACUCCAAAGACGGCUUUACAGGGCUCUGUGCGUUCUAGAGACCCGAAGAGUAAAAAGCCGGCGGCGCGGCCGCUGGCGAAGCGGGCCUAUGCCUAUGUCGAUCGGUUACGCGGGGCGUCCAAAUACCUCGACGCCGACGACAACGCGCGCCUCGUCGAGGAGGCGUCGAUCGACGGGUUUUUGCUGAAGCAGGUCCGGAGGAGCGUCGUGGGGUUGCCGGGCGUUAGUCGACCGACGAAAUUUCAUUUGGAGUGGUGCGAGCUGAAAGCGCGAACUUUAUAUUAUACUCGUAGAGACCCGAAGAGCGGCGAUAGUAUCGGAUUCACGAAGAAGCUGCGGUUGGGCACGAGGGCCUACGAGGCUCGGUUUACGAAGGACGAGAUCGCCCUUCGAAGCUUAGCCCUCAAGGUCACGGAGGCCAUGCUCGACGUGUCCAUCAUCAAGAAGAAGCCUGUGGAACCGAUCGAGCAGCCGAAGAAGAAGGCCUUUCGGACCAUAAGAAAGGAGAUCACGUUGCGGGCUGCCGAUUUAGCGACGGCGGCACGAGGCCCGUCGCUCGAGAUGUGGUGGGCUUCGUUGGCGCCGGGGUGUGAGGCGGACGGCGCCUGGCACGACAUCACGGCGUCGAGGGAGGUCGCUCGGCAUAGUCCCCAAAGGAAAAGUUUCUUCUCGGACGACUCCGAUGAUGAAAGUGAUGCGGAGACGAUCGUGAGCGAGGCGUCGCUGCCUCCUGAUAGGGGCUCGUUCGGGUCCAUGGCGUCUCUUACUAGUGCGCCCGUGUGAUGUGCUGUGGUCUAAGGAGCUCUUGUCGUUUACUACGAGUUCGUGCCCAGGCCCGGGGUCCACUCGUCGU